CUAUUACAUGCUCAUGCCACAUUUCUCAAUAUUUCUAUUCAAAUUUGACGACUCAAUUCCCUCUAACAACCAAAAUAAAAUAAAAUUCAUUCCAGGGAAUUAAAUAAAAAUAAUUCCCUGGUAAGAGUCUUUAAAAACCAGAUCUAAAUCCUGUCGAGUAAUUGCUUUCAAAACUCUUUUCUAAGGCAGGCUAGUGACGAUUAUCCCCUCCAAAAAAAUGGCGUUGUUACGCGUAAAUCCGAGUGUCCAUCUAGGAAGAUUGGAUAAAAUUGAAACAACAGAGAGAAGAUCAAUAGUAUCCAUGGUGAAAAUGAAUCAUGUUGGUGUUGUUUCUGCUUCAUCUCUAUCUCUAUCAUCAAUUCCGCGACCCUGUGACAGAGUCGCGAAAAUUGAUGAUAAUAAACACAAGGAUAAAGUAAUAUUAUCGAGAAAUCUGGAUGAUUGGAUGAAUGUAUCUAUAGUAGAGAUUGUUAAGAAUUUGAAUGAAGCGCCAUUACUUGUCCACGUUUACGCGAACGAGGAUACUGAGAGGAUCAAAACAGAGAGAGCCCUGCCUGAAAAUUGGCCAAUAAUGAAAAAUGAAUGGGAAAGUGGAAAAACAACAACUCCAGAUGGAUUAAUUUUUGUUGAAGAACUUCGAGAGGGUGAUGAGGAAGAAAAUAAUGGAAAUCGUAUUUUAUUACAAGAGGAUUCAGAUGAAGUGUUGACGAAAUCUUGGGGAGUAAUUGUACAGGGGAAAGGAAUUAAACAAUUUGUACCUGCUUGUUAUUUAUUGAAGACUAGUAGAGUUAAAGCUGGUAGAGGAAUGGAUUUAUUUUGUACACAUUUUUGUUUAGUAAGAGUUAAGAAUUUUAGCGAAAGUGCUCUGAAACAGUUUAAAAGUUGUUGGUUGUGAAAGGAGAAAAAAAUUAUUCUGGUGAAACGCCGAUGGUCAAGAGGACGAUUAUGCAGGCUAAUAAUUCGAAUUUUAAGUGAAUUUGGGUGUAAAAUUGUGAUAGUUUUACGGCUAUAUUUCUUAUCUCAGAUUGAUAUUUAUUUGUA